UUGAGAUCCUCUUAUACCCUUCUAUUUCAGAGGAAGUGUAUUGAGUUCGCACUGAAAGCCAAACCACAUCGUCGUUACAUCCCAAGAAAUCGCUUCCAAUAUCGCGUCUGGUGGUUUGUGACAUCCCGUGCUUUCGAGUACGUGAUUUUUCUGAUCAUCGUCCUCAAUACGGUCUCGUUAGCAUGUAAGCAUUAUCCAUCUGGACACCGAUUUGAAUACGUCCUCGACGUGCUGAACCUCGUGUUUACUGGAGUAUUCGCAUUCGAGGCUUUCUUCAAGAUCAUAGCAUUAAAUCCGAAAAACUACUUCGGUGACCGAUGGAAUGCGUUCGACUUCAUCAUCGUGCUUGGCUCAUUCAUUGACAUCAUUUACGGCAAACUUAGUCCGGGAGCAACCGGUGAAGCGUGGCAAGAAGUAAUGCUGUCCUGUUCGGAUCGUGAAGAAGUGCGUUGCGAUCCGCUUUCCGAUGACUAUAAACGAGAUCGAGAAGCACGUUGUGGAGUGAAUUUCGCCUAUCCUUACUUCAUCUCCUUCUUCAUGCUUUGCUCAUUUUUGGUCAUCAAUCUGUUCGUGGCUGUCAUCAUGGACAACUUUGACUAUCUGACUCGUGAUUGGUCAAUUCUUGGCCCACAUCAUCUCGAGGAGUUUGUCCGAUUAUGGUCCGAAUACGAUCCCGAUGCUAAAGGCCGUAUUAAACAUCUUGAUGUGGUGACGUUGCUUCGAAAAAUCUCUCCACCACUUGGUUUCGGAAAACUUUGCCCACAUCGACUUGCCUGCAAGCGUCUCGUAUCGAUGAAUAUGCCGCUAAACUCGGACGGUACCGUAUGCUUCAACGCCACCUUAUUCGCUCUUGUUCGGACCAACCUCAAGAUCUAUACUGAGGGUAACAUCGACGAAGCGAAUGAACAGCUACGAUCGGCAAUCAAACGGAUAUGGAAGCGUACACCAGUGAAAAUGCUUGAUGAAGUGGUCCCACCUGCAGGAAAAGAGGAUGAUGUGACCGUGGGCAAGUUCUAUGCGACGUUCCUUAUUCAGGACUACUUUCGUCGCUUUAAAAAGCGUAAAGAACUUGAGGCAAAAGGCAUCAUGCCUACCCACACACCUCAAGCUAUGGCUCUCCAG